AGGGAGGGGAGGAAGGGCCUGUCAUGAGUCAUUGGGGGGCACGCCCCUUUUGGAUUUCUUAUUUCUUCCUUCGAUACCGUGCUUGAAACUCCUCAGUACCCGCAAGUCCUCUCUGGUGGUGGCCAUUGGCCCAUAGCCUUUCCCACCUACACCUCAAAUGCUCACUUUGUACUAUACUUUGGACUUGUGUCAAGAGAGAUAGCUGUGUGGUCAUGAGGUUCUUGAGAUGGAUUAGGCAAAUUUGGCGAAAGGUCCCCAAUUGGGUCCUGUUCUGGAAACACCUAGCCAAGCCAGGCCUGUCUGAUCAGCGUGAGAAGCAUCUGUUGAAGGGACCGGAGAAGACUUCCAAGGACUUUGACACUGUAAAGUUGGCCAACGCCCAAAAAGAGGACAUGGUCUCAGACCUGGAUGUGUGCCCAGGGGUGCUGCGCUCAGUCAAGGAAAGAUCUCCUUUGCAUGAUCGAGAGAGCCGUUCCAGUCGUGACAGCCGUUCCCUGAUGACCGUAGUCAAUUCAGUUUCUACGUUCAUGUUCUCGGUGCUGCAGUCCGGCUGGCGAUUGUGUAGGUGGAAGUCUUCUAUGAGUACUGGCAAAGUUUCCUCCCAUACGAGGACCGGGUCAGCCUUGGGGACGCCAGAGGCUGAGAUGCUGCGGGAAGUGUACUUGGUGCUCUGGGUCAUUCGCAAACAACUAAGAGAGCUGGCUCGCAGGCAAGAGAGGCGCAGACGGCGCCGUAUGCGGUCUCAUGCCUCCCAUACUUCCCGUCACUCCGAAUCAGUGCAGGGCCUCAAACAUGAUGCCCGAAGUCCCCUCUAGGCAGGGGAGCCCCAGAUCCUUUGAAAGUCUCCACCUCACUCUUACGGAAGGUUGACAGGAAGGGUUCAGUGGCCGUCAGGCCAGAACUGCUGGUGAGGAGACCAUGGUGUCAUAUCUCACUGGAACCCCAAGACCAGGCCUGGGGUUGAACACGCUCCCCUUCUCUGUGUUUAUUCAAAAUUUUUUUAAAAAAUAAAUUAUCUAAAUUUUGAGAAAUAAAUACCGGAUGUUUCUGAGAA